AUGAAAUGUUUAUAUUUGAUCUCCUUGAUUGUUGCUUUAUUUAAAGCGCAAGAACACUCAAAAGGUUGUGAUUCAUACCGAUAAUAUAAUAUCGAUUAUUAUGGAAAAUUGAUAUCGCAUCUCAGGUUAUCAAAUACUUCAGAUAUAAUUUUGGCAAAUAAUAGAUUAUUGAUAAUAGAUAACGAACUUAGUGUAUUAAGUUCACUUCCUAUUCCAAAAAUAAACAGUUCGUUGUGUGAAUGGAUAUUCAAUCAAAGUCCAGGAUUAAUAUUUGUAGGAUGCUAAAGCAAUGGAGAAGCACCAUAUUUAAUAGCUUAUAAAAUUAUUAAUAAUACUCAUCUUACAUAAUUUGGAGAUAUUGUGUAUUUCCCAUUGAAUGAAACUGUGAAUGACAUUAAGGGAACUUUAAAUACUUUAUUUACAAUUUAAAGUGAAAAAUUGACUUUUUUCAAAUUAAUAAUGACAUUAACAGAUUGGACUAUUUAAACAACUUAAUAUGUUUUAGAUCGUGAUUAUUUUGAUUUUUGGAUGUAUAAUGAAUUAUAAAUUAUGGAUUUAGAAUUUGAAACAUAUUGGUUAGAUAACAUAUAAUAUUAUAAACUUAUUAUAGUGGAAUAUUAGAGUGGAGCUUAUUGGGUGGAUACAAUUGUAGAAAAUAAUAUAUUAUCCCCUAUUAGAUUUGGGUAGAUUUAUUUAAAAUGCUGUAAUUUAAAGGCAACCAUUCAUUCAACUACUUAAAAUGAGUCAUUCAUAACAUUUACAAAAGGCAAUGGUGGCUAUCCUUUUUACAUAAAUAUAAAAUAUGAAAUUAUUACUUGGAUUCUUCUAGAAUUUGAUUCCCCAACUUUUGAUUGGAUAGCCAGUUCAAAACUUAAAUAAAUUGGAAAUGUAUAAGGUAUAAUGUAUAGAAACUCUAAAAAUAAAUAAAGUGUUCUUUGGCUUUAUAAUGUUGUACUACCUCAACCCUAAAAUCAAAUAGAAUCAUUAUAAACCGAUUAAUAAAAUCAAACCUAAGCAUUAAAGGCUUAUCCAAGAAUAGAUACAUUAACAUCACCACCAUAAGAUUACUCAAUUUUUUAUUUUAGUAGUGAAUUUACAGUUGUGCAUAGUAUUGAAGAUAAUAAAUUAUAAAGUUGUGAUCUUUACAAUUAUAAAAUUCAAAUGGAAUGA